AUGAGUAAAUUUAUUAUCUUCUAUGAAUGGACAAACGUACGAAAUCCAACAAGUCCAUAUCGACUAGACCGAUUUGAUGUACUAGCAAUAAUCAGUAUUCCACUAUUAGCACUAGGAGGAAUUGGUGUAUGGAUUGUAUUUUUCCGUUGUUUAUAUUCUAUACGUACAGACUCAGAACGUGAACCAUUGCUUGCUGCUCAUACGACAACGCAUCUAUAUACUGACGAACCAUCGGAGAGUUCAGCAAAUACCACCGAAGAUAUUACAGUUCAAAUAAAAGAAACGACUAGUUCAUGGUGGAGAAUAAUUGAACUUGGAAAGAAAGAAUGGAAAUACUACAUUAUCGCAUUCAUAUGUUUACUAAUCGCUGCAUUGACGGAAAUGUUUCAACCGUACUUCUCUGGUCAUAUUAUCAGUUCUGUUGUUGAUAAUAACUGGCACAACUUUGCAAAGAACAUACUCUGGUAUCUUGGCUCAUCUUUUGUUUAUGUGAUUACAUCGGGUCUUCGUGGUUUCAUUUUCUCAAUGACCAGCACUAAUUUGAUACAACGUCUGCGAAAUAAAUUCUUCACUGCUGUCUUAAAGCAAGAUAUUGAAUUCUUCGAUCAGAAUAAAACAGGUGAAAUCACUUCGCGUCUGUCAUCGGAUAUCACCACGGUUGGAGAAGCCAUAUCGAUUAAUUUGAAUAUAUUUCUACGAAGUAUUGUACAAACAGUGGGAACAGUUGUAAUGAUGUUAGUUUUAUCAUGGAAUUUAUUUCUCCUGGUGAUGAUUACUGGCCCAUUAACAUGCGGCACAGCCAAGCUAUACGGCGACUUCAUAGGUAAACAACAGAAGAAAGUUCAAGAUGCUCUAGCUGAUGCGAAUUCGUUAGCGGAAGAGGCGAUCUCGACAAUUCGUACUGUGAAAUCAUUUGCAAACGAAGAUGAAGAAGUUCGAUUAUUACGUUUAAAGAACGAUCUCGUUCGAAAACAUUCCAUCCGACAAGCAUUAUACUACUUUGGCUACAUGUGGAAUGGACAAAUCUUGAUCGUCUUCCUAAAUCUAGGUACACUUGCCUACGGCGGUCAUUUAGUAAUGAACAACCGACUGAGUGUACCGAGUUUUGUUUCAUUUAUUUUGUAUCAACAAAGAUUAGGCGAUGUAUUAGACUCAAUCAAUGGCGUUUAUACAGGUCUAAUGAAAGCAAGUGGUGCAUCGAUAAAAUUAUUCGAACAUAUGGAUCGAAUACCAAAGGUUCUGAAUAAUGGCAUGAUGAAAUCGAACAAUUUCCAAGGCCGUAUUGAAUUCCGAAAUGUUUCAUUUGCAUAUCCUAAUCGAAAAAACGAUCCAGUCUUGAAAAAUAUUUCUUUUACCGUUGAACCGGGACAACAAGUCGCACUUGUCGGACCAAGUGGAAGUGGAAAGACAACCUGUAUUGGUUUAUUAGAACACUUCUACGAAGCAGAUCAAGGACAAAUCCUAGUCGAUAAUAUUCCGGUUCAGGAAUAUGAUUAUAAGUUUUACCACGAAAAGAUUUCACUUGUAAGUCAAGAACCAGUUCUUCAUGCUCGUUCUAUUCGAGAUAAUAUUCAAUAUGGUCUCCUUGAAACGAAAUCUCAACACGAAAUUGAAUAUGCCGCUCAAAUGGCAAAUGCUCAUUCGUUUAUCUCACAAUUUGAAAAGAAGUAUGAUACUGAAUGUGGCGAACGUGGUGUACAAAUGGCUGGUGGACAGAAACAGAGAAUUGCCUUGGCAAGAGCACUGAUUCGUUCGCCGAAUGUCUUACUGUUAGAUGAAGCUACGAGUGCUUUGGAUGCGGAAGCCGAAUCUCAGGUACAAGAAGCGAUCGCUCGAACAGUUAUCGGACGCACUGUCCUUAUCAUCGCACAUCGGCUGUCAACCGUUCGUAAUGCAGAUAGAAUUCUCGUGCUUCGACACGGUGAAAUUGUCGAAGAAGGCACACAUGUUGAAUUGAUGAGCAAACGUGGUUUAUAUUAUCAAUUAGUCAAACGUCAAAUUGAACAGCACGAAGCCGAUAUCAAAGGUCAAUUAGUCGAAACAAAACCAACGACAAUUGCAGUCAAUACACCAUCGAUUGCUCACAGAUAUUCGACAUCAUUCAAUGCAAAAGAAUCUAUUUAA